AUGACUGAGUUUGAAGACCGUUUCUCUCAGAUCAAUAUUGGUAAAUCCCCCACAAGGAGGAAGAAAGCAUACCCGCAACAUCUAUACCCAACACCCACACGCGACAGUGAACCGCACAGAAGAACUCCCCAAUCAACACUCCCACCUACUCCACAACUAAGCAACCCCCCACAUACACCAUCACGUGCCAUAUCCAAUGAACUCAAAUCUAAAAGCACAAUAAACCACCAGGACCAUCGGAUUAUCAGUUAUCCCAUGUCGGAACAACAGGGACUGAAGAAACAGUUCCAAUUCUCAUUCAUGAGAGAAACUUGGUCCUCCCAGCAAAAGAAGAAUAUAGGCCCAUUAACCAACACCACCAACAAUCCAUUAACCAUGAGUAAACCUGUUGUGCCGACCAGGAAACGGUCCGAACAGAGGAAACUGUCACAAACAUCAAGACCAAGACGGCUAGCCUCCAAUACCGUGCCUAUUAAGCUACAGCUAUCGCAAGCUACCAACAUACUAUCUGAUUUCGAGAUAUCUUCACCUACGAAACCAAAGACUAAAUAUCACCAUCCUAAUGCCGCAUCCCCAAUAAAACUACCCACAGCAACACAUUUCAACCCACCAACUAGAACUGCUUCGAAUUCAUCGGAUAAUGUGUUUAAUCGCUUAUACCCCAAACAUGAACAGGAAGCACCCCCACGAACUAUAAAACGCACCCGUCCGAAAAUAAGCAACAUACCUGAGUUAUACAACAUCCUCUCUCGAAAGCAACCCGAUUUGUUCAAAUGUGAAGAUCCACCAGUUUUGAAUUCACCAAUACCCGUUGAUCAAGUGCCCAUGAAUUCAUUGAAUAUCUAUGAACGCGGAGAAAUAAUUCGAAAGUCAGAACUAUACUACGUCCCUACUGAAUGCCGAACAAUAGACGUCAAAAACAGCGCCAACAAUUUUGGGUUUGACGAUAAUAAAGGUCAUUAUAUAAUUAUACCGCAGGACCAUAUCAAUUAUAGAUUUCAAAUAUUAGACACGUUGGGAAAUGGAUCAUUUGGAAAUGUCAUACUUGCCAAAGAUCAUAAAUUGAAUUCAACCGUGGCUGUUAAAGUCAUCAACAACAACUUGAACUGGUCUUUACAGGCUGUCAGCGAGAUUAAACUAUUAAAGUUGUUGAACGAGAAGGAAAGUAAUGAAAAUAUUUUGAGGUAUAUUACUCAUUUCAACUUUAGAAGUCAUAUGUGCAUUGCUACGGAGUUGCUAUCCCUUAAUUUAUAUACAUUACUCGAGCUAACCAACUUUCAAGGACUUUCCAUUGACAUAAUAAAGAUAUUUACUAAGCAGAUCUUGAAUGGAAUACAGUACUUGCACAAAUAUAAUAUAAUCCACUGUGAUAUAAAACCGGAGAAUAUCAUGAUUAAACUCCCAUCUACACCUAACUCCACCGACAUAUCUAUUAAGCUUAUAGACUUUGGAUCAGCAUGCUAUACCAAUGAAACAUCAUUCACAUACAUUCAAUCGCGAUUUUAUCGAGCUCCGGAAGUGAUCCUUGGCAGCAAUUACAAUGAAAAAAUCGAUAUUUGGUCGUUUGGAUGUGUGAUUACCGAGUUGUUCAUGGGAUCGCCAUUGUUCCCGGGCAAGUCCGAAAUUGAACAGGUUGGAUUGAUACUAGAGCUUCUUGGAUCACCUAAAAGUGGAACUAUACUUCGAAUGAGACGUCAUUUAACGAGAUCACAUGGCGACAACCACUACUUGGAAAACUCGUUGAGUAUACCCAAUGAAAAACAACUUAAACGAACAUUAUUAUUCAAGAUAUUCGAUAUCAAUGGGAAGCUUAAUUUACAAUUGGUGAAUAGUAUAAGUGCUGCAACUGGCAUUAAACGACAAUUUAAAGUCAAUUCUAGGGGACUAGACAUCGUCAUGGGAUUAAACAAACCCGGAAUGACCAUGUCACCCUACAAUAAAUCAACCUUGUUACGAUUCCUCGGCAAAAUAUUCAUAUGGGAUCCAAUUGAAAGAGCGGGCGCUAGUGAAUUAUUACAAGAACCAUUCUUAUUGUAAAACUACAAUACAUACACACAUAUAUAUUAAGGAUGUCCAUGAUUGGAACCAGGCCAGGCCGAGAUCUUCUCGGGCCGCGGUGUAGAUCCUGCACUACUGCUAGUGCUCUCUGCCAAUAUCUCUAUGUUAUCACUUGACUCAACUAGGGUGUUGAUGAGUCGAUUAAAGUCGUCCUUUACUUCGCCAUUGUCCAAUGUAUCGACAAACUGUUUGACUUUGUUUAGUUUGUCUGUUUCGAUAUCUUCUAAACUUCGUAUUAAUCGUGAUCCAAACUUUGCAUCGAUGGGCAAGUUCAGGUAAAUUCUCUUCUUUAGGAUAUUUAUCGUGCGCAAAUUGUCCAAUAGUUUUCGAUAGUAGCUUUCCGGAUUAUACUCUACUGAUUUGUUGUUUGAUUGCAACGGCGGAUUAAUCAAUAGUAAUGCCGCAUAGUAAAGCAUGAUGUGUAUGUGCACUGGGAUGUACUUUAAAUUAUCCACGAUAUCUUUAUCGUUAAUCACCAAAUUCAACACAGUUUGCGCGGCAUUGACAGCAAUGUUUGCAUUAAUCACCGCUUCAUCUGGCGAAAGCAACUCCUUGUUGGAAAUAAACUCGUCCUCUUGACUUGACGAGUCUGAAUCCGAGUCGGAAUCGGAAUCGGCAUACUCGCGGGUAACCUCCUCAAGACGUUUAGGAGUUGAACAUGAACUAUCCCAUUUCGGAAAUGGCCCAGUGUAAUCAUUAGGAUCAAUUUGCAACUGUCUCACGGCCGAGGAGUUAAUGUGCAUCUUGGCGAAAUUGUAAUAAAUCAAGGUAGAUUUCGUCGACCAUACAGCACCAUAGUUCCCUGGCGCAAGCAAGACCGUCCACGACACCAUCCACUUGUCCAACUCCAAGUUACUCUUGGACGGGAUCCCAAACGACGAAGGCGCGAGCAAGUCCCAGGCAUUCCCCUUGAACGCUUCGUUCAAGGCCUGAUUAUACUCGACUUGUGAGACUAGUCUCAUAUCAGUGAGCUUCUGCUUGUGUGCGAACCCCACCAAUUCCUGAUCUCGCGGCUUGUCCUUGAUCUUCUGUUUACUUGCUCCAUGAACCUUUUUCGUGGUGUCAGUCAAGAGAAGCUCUCGACUGUGGACUAACGAGU